AUGGAGAUGACCCAGCACCCUGAGGGGGCAGCUGGCCACCGUGAGCACAGCCUGGGCAUCCGGCAGAGCUGCUUCAUCUUGUGUGGCACGACGAGGGUGCUGCGUUUACUCAAGAGAAUGCCCUUGCUGGAAGCACGGACACGGAGCGCCGGAGGAUUAAGUGCCCCCAAGUCGAGAGCAUCUAUAAUUCACUCCACGGUGCUUCCGCCACAGCGUCAUGGCAGCACGCGAACAACUGCUGCAAGGAGGCGGUGGCUGACCUGCCACGGCCUCCACUCGUUCACCCUCGCCCCCCGGGCCCUGCUACACAGUCUCGGCCGCUGCCACUGCCGCUGCCGCUGCCUGAAGAACAACCCAGUCGUUCAGGAGGCUGGAGGCGAGGUCCGGGACACACGGCAUCGCGCACGCGCGCCCAGGCCCCAUCCCAUCCGUGACGUCCCCUCACGUCACGCCUGGCCCGUGACGUCACCACGCGUCUGCGGCUCCCACGCGGAAGCCCCCGGAUCAGCCUGUCUACGCCGGCGGCUUGGCUGUCUCCGUGAGGACGGCACGCAGGUGUCGUCUCCCUGCGGGGGACUUUUUACCCAUCACAGGAAGAGCACCCGGGACCAGCUGAGUCAGGAACAGAAAGCUGAGACCUCGUGUGUGAACGGUUGUGUGCGAUGGCCUGCUGGUACCACCCAGAAGUGGGCGGCGGGAGCCCUCCGGCCCCACGCAGGCUGCUCUGAAGAGCCCUGGUUGAGGGGAUCCACCCAGCAGCACGUGUGCCCAGAGCCGGGCUCCGAAACAGGAAAGGCCACCAGUGAGAAGCUGUGCACCAUGAAGACGUGCAUCCCUGCGUGCCACAACCAGGGGAAGCCGGUGGGCAGCGAGGAAGACUCAGCGCAACCAAAAACAGAGCGUACGGCGUGGCCCCACCCAGGGGCCGCGGAGCGGGCGGGCAUGGGGGACAAGAGUCAGGCAAAGAGCGCCCCGCAGCUGGCCCACCGCGUCCUCGUGCGCCCACGCUCUCCCGGACGCUCCGGGGCGCCACCCUCGGAUCCGGGCCCCACCCUGGACCUGCUCUGGCUGUCGGCGCAGCAGCGCACGGGCACACACAGACCUGAGCAGCCCGGUGACAGCCCCGAGCUGGCACCGCGGAGAACACGCCUGGGCCGGCCUGAGAGGCGAGGCUCGUGGGGCAGGACUGAGGGACCCCAGCCAGCCUAG